UGUUCGCAGAAUUCAUAAUGAAAACCGUUUGCGAGUACAAAUAAUUGUCAUUCCAGUUGAAAUAUUAACAAAAGCAAUUAGUAGUGUGUGUUUAUUAGUGUUUUGUUGUGAUUUCUAUUUCAAUUAACUUAAUUAAUUUGAAAAUAGCUAAUACAAAAGUAUUUGAAUGCAAAAGAAAUGGCGUCGAGAAAAAAUCAAAGCAAUUUUGUUGCUAAAUAAAGUUCUAGUAAAAUAUGAGUGCAUGAGCGGCAAACGUUCGCGUAGUUUUAAGUGUGCUGUUCAUCAUCGUGAUCGUGAAGUUUGCUCUGAAAAUGAUUUUCAUCUUGUACUAGAAGAGCCGCCGUUCUUUAAGAAGAUGAUACAUGUGGUAGCUAUGGAAAUACUACCUGAGGAGCGUGAUCGAAAAUACUAUGCCGAUCGCUAUUCUUGUUGUCCGCCGCCUUUAUUCAUUAUAUUAAUGACAAUCAUUGAGCUCUGUUUCUUUGCCUAUCAUACACUUAUUAUUGGUGAAGCGGAACCAGCGGGUCCAGUUCCAAUUGACUCUUUCUUCAUCUACCGUCCGGAUAAACGUAUUGAAGUAUGGCGUUUCGUAUUGUAUAUGGUAUUACAUGCUGGUUGGUUUCAUCUCAGCUUUAAUUUAUGUGUGCAAUUACUUUUUGGUUUACCACUAGAGAUGGUACAUGGUUCCGGGAGAAUUGCUUGUAUAUAUUUUUCAGGCGUAUUAGCGGGUUCAUUAGGAACCAGCAUAUUUGAUCCCGAAGUGUAUUUAGUGGGCGCCAGUGGCGGUGUGUACGCGCUGUUAGCCGCUCACCUGGCCAAUGUCAUGCUGAACUUUCAUCAGAUGCGUUAUGGCAUACUAAGGUUGAUUGCAAUUUUGGCAUUUGCGUCCUGUGAUUUUGGUUUUGCCAUCUAUGCGCGUUACGCUGCUGAUUAUCCCUACAGUCCGUCUGUGUCGUAUGUCGCACAUUUGACUGGUGCCUUAGCUGGUCUAACUAUUGGCCUAAUUGUAUUGAAGAAUUUCGAACAAAAAUUACACGAACAACUUUUAUGGUGGAUUGCACUGGGCAUUUACACUGCUUGCAUUAUAUUUGCUAUCGUUUUCAAUGUAUUGAAUAGUGCUGCAGUGCUGAGUCUAGAUGUUGAGCCUAUUUAUGCGACUGAGACAUUUUUCAAUGAUUUUCAUGUAUAAUAUAUGUAUGUAUAUAUAUAUGUACAUAUGUGGCUAAGAAAAAUGCGUAGUGUUUCUGAACGAGUGAAAUAUUGAAUAUGAGUAUAAAUUAUUUUUCUGAAGGAAAUGUAUAUACGAGUAUAUAUAAAAAUAUUUCUAAGUAAGCUUUUUGGUUAAGCGCUUAAAGAAAUCGAUUUGUUUGUAUUAUAAAAUGCUGAACCGAUUUUGUAAAAUGUAUAUAUGUACGUUAUUAUGUGUUAAGUUCUUUUUUAGCUGGAAAAAAUGAAAAUUAUGUUUUUUG